AUGGCAGAGAUUUCCUGGCCUUGGCAGUAUAAUUUUCCUCCAUUUUUUACAAUUCAACCUCAUGGCGAAACAAGAGCUAAGCAAUUAGAGGCAUGGCAACAGCUAAUAUCAGAAUACCUUAAAGCAACAAAACAAUCAACUAUAGAUAUAAGAGAAUCGCAAAAUAGUCCAUUAUUUAAUAACACUGCAAUAAACAGAAAACUAUCUCAGGAGUCUUUACUCACUAUUUUAGAAGAUAUGGCCAAAACUGGCAGAGCAGCACCUGUAGAUAAGAGCAAAAAUGUUUGGGAAGUGUACUGGCACUCCCUGGACGAAUGGGGCAAUAUGCUGUACAAUUGGGCUAGUAGUAAUGGUUUAAAUAAUACUGUUUGCACUUUAUAUGAACUGCGGGAAGGCGAAAAUACUGUGGGUGAAGAGUUCCAUGGCCUGGACCUAAAUGUUUUGGUGAAAGCACUUAAAUCGCUAGAAGUAAGAGGCAAGUGUGAAUUGAUUGAAUUUGAUGAUAAUCAAGGUGUCAAGUUCUUUUGA